AAAGAAUGAAAAAGAAGUCAGUGAGAAUGAGAGUAUGUAUGUAUGAAACAGAGAGAGAGAGGGUAUUGUUGAAUAAAAGGGAAGUGACUCUCCCAGUUGGAGGUGUCAUGUGACCGGCCUAUUCACCAUUAGUUGGAAUGAUGUCGUUGAGUGUAUAAUGGAACAUAGAUGCAGCUCCCUGAUGGACUUUUAUUGUCCAGCUCAUGAUUCGGGGGUCCUGACUACUGACCACACACACCUGUAAUGGUCAAUACGUCAUGAAUACCAAUCUAAACAAUUGUUACCUACAUUUAAAACAGUCUUGAGGGGAAAAAAGACAAAAAGCAAGGAAGACAAUUCAACAACAAAACACAAAAGUGAGAAAAGCCAAGAGAAAACUCCGAAAAUAAUUAAACAAAACACAAAGAAUGAUUUCAGUAACAAGAAGCAGGAUUAAAGACGGUGAAAUAUGGAGAGUGACAAGUGUUAUUUUCCUUUAUUGGAUUGUAUCUUUGUCUCUUAUCUUUGUGAACAAGCACAUUUUGAGCGGCAGCUUCGGGAACUAUGACAUGUCAAUAUUUGUAGCCUGGUAUCAGUGCUGCACGGCUUCUAUCAUGAUCUUCCUGGCUGGACUCGUGUUCAACUUCAUGAAAUGGUCUUUCCAGAUUCCUACAGUUCACCCAAGAACGCUUUUGGAACAGGAUAUUUUGAUUCUGUCCUAUACCUUCGUCGGGGGUUUAACUUUAAACAAUUUGAUGCUUAAGCACAUUAGUGUAGCAUUUUACCAAGUGGCUCGCUCAUUUACAUUAGUCUUUACUGUUAUGCUGUCAGUUUACAUACUUUGUAAACCAUUUACACGUAAAGUUCUUCUCUGUUGUUUCUUGGUGAUUGGUGGGUUCUCACUGAGUGUGAAAGAAGAAGAUGUUUCAGGUACCUUAUCAUUAUGGGGCAUCCUCUAUGGAAUUGUUGCUAGUUUUUUUGUUGCACUUUGUGGAAUCUAUCUAAAAAAGGGAGAGAAAAUAGUUAUGGGAGACACUUUAAAAUUGACUUAUUGUAAUAGCAUCAAUGGAGCCAUUAUCUUCAUUCCUUUGAUAUAUAGCUCAGGGCAGUUAUCAAUGGUGCUUAAUUCACCGACAUUUUAUGACCCAUGGUUUUGGAUAUUUCUUACCUGUUCAGGACUGUUAAGUUUAGGCAUUGGCUGGGCCAGUGCUCUUCAAAUCAAAUAUACUUCCCCAGUGACCCAUCACAUAAGUAUAAAUGCAAAGUCAGUAGUUCAGACUAUUAUGGCUGUGUUGUACUUUCAGGAACAGAAAUCUUUUCUGUGGUGGUGUGGAAACCUCCUUGUUGUUUCGGGUAUAAUGGUUUAUGCUUAUGAAAAGAUCUAUUCUAAUGAAAACGAGAAAGUCAGAUCACCUUUACCACCAAUUAGUUCAGGAAGUAGCCACAAUAACGAAGACAAAAAUGAACCAUCGACUCCUCGAAUGUUCUAUCCUUAAAAUAAAUUAAUUUGAAGUUUUAUUACCUGCUUUCUUUUACAGCUAUUUCAUCAAUGACAAUUCUUCCUUAUAUUUAAAAAACAAAAAAAAAAGACAAAAAAGACAGCAAAAAAAAUUCUGUGUCAUCUUUCCUGUUUCAUUCUUUCAUGAAAUAUGUAUUUUUUUUACUAUUUUUCUCUGUUGAAUUCACCCCCUUUUUCCCCCACCAAAUUGUAUUCCACACACGUUUUUAACGAACGGGUUUGUGUAUGUGUGUGCAUGUCCAUACAUACAUACAUACAUUCAUACAUACAUACAUACAUACAGGCACACACACACACACACACACACACGGUAGGUGAGAGCUAGAUAUGCUCAGUAUAGAAAAUAUGUAGCAUUGCUCGAAAGGAUUUAGACUGAAACUUUGAAUUCUUCAUCCUGGGCAAGGCAUGUGCCAUCAAGAAUGACUAUAAGAAAAAUCCAGAUCAAGCUGAUAUGACGGUAGUAAUGCAGACAAACAGUUAAACUUGAAAGAAAUAUAUUUACAUGGAGUACAAAAAAAAUACAGGAUAAAAGUACACAAUGUGAUUAUGAUAAUUAUGUAACUCUGGGCUUCCUGAAACAGCUGUUAAGUUAUGAAAUUGCAUAUUUUCUUAUUCUGUACUUUUAUUCUGUAUUUUCUUGUGCUCCAUGUUAAUAUAUUUAUAUCAAACCUAACUGUGCUUAUCUCCAUUAUUA